CAUGAUGUAGCAGGAGGCCACAGAACUGGAGACCUGCUAGUCCAUAAGGACCUCUGUCCUACUGCAUCAAACAGCCAUGACCAGCAAUCCCUCCUGUUUGGGACAUCUAGUUAUACCAGUCCUCAAAACAAUUGUAUGGAUGAGAUGGGAUCUCCCUGGCUCAUCUUGUUUAAGUAGUGUAGGAGCUGGCACUUGGCACGGUGAUGCAAUACAGCAUUGCCUUUUCCCCACAUAGCUCCUGGCAGGACAAAGCCAACAUGUGCCUGGAAAGAUGUUGGGUGUGGGAGGAUAUGGAAGAAACGUGAUGGGGAGGGAAGUCAUUGCACAAGGUUCCUGGGGGAGGGAUGUGAAAGAGGGAGCUUGUGGUGGUUAUGAAAAGGGCACUAAAUGAGAAUAUGGCCAAUGGCAUUGAAGAUCUUAUUGGGAUCCCAUUCCCAAACCACAGCAGUGAAGUCUUAUGUGGUUUAAAUGAGCAGCGGCAUGACGGUCUCCUCUGUGAUGUUAUCCUCAUUGUCCAGGACCAGGAGUACCGGACACAUCGAUCCGUCCUUGCUGCCUGCAGCAAGUACUUCAAAAAACUCUUCACUACCGGCACUUUAACAGACCAGCCCUAUGUUUACGAGAUUGACUUUGUCAAGCCUGAAGCACUUUCUGCCAUCCUCGAGUUUGCCUACACCUCAACCCUCACCAUCACCACCUCAAAUGUCAAGCACAUCCUCAGCGCUGCCAAGAUGCUGGAGAUCCAGUGCAUUAUCAAUGUAUGCCUUGAAAUCAUGGAGCCUGACAGAGAGGCAGAAGAGGAAGAUGACAAAGAAGAUGAAGAUGAUGAUGAAGAUGAAGAAGAAGAGGAGGAGGAAGAGGAGGAGGAGGAGGAAGUGGAAAAUUUCGUCAAUCAGGAGAAUCUAACUGAUGUCCAAGAAGUAAGCUGUCACCAAAGCCCUUCUAAGUCUGAUCUUACCGAAGAAGCAUAUACAGAAGCACCUAAAGACUGUCCAAAUCACUACCCAGCCAACAACUCCUCUGGACACUUGGGUGUGAUACGAGACUUCUCCAUCGAGUCCUUGCUAAGGGAAAACUUGUACCCUAAGUCAAACAUCCCAGAAAGGAGGCCAGCUCUCUCUCCUUUUGCCCCUAGCUUCUUCCCACAUCUAUGGAACGGCGAUUUUAACUCCUUCUCCCAGCUAAAGGAGCCACAAGUAGACAACGGCCCCUUAGAUCUGGUGAUCAAGAAGAGGAAGAUCAAGGAAGAGGAGGAGAAGGAAGACCUGCCUCCGCCUCCUUUCCCUAAUGACUUCUUCAAGGACAUAUUUACCAACACCCCAGCAGCUCCCUUAGGGCACAUUAAGGCCGAGACUGAGUAUAGCGCUUAUCUCAAUUUCCUAAGCGCUACCCAGUUUGGAGGAGUUUUUCCACCAUGGCCCCUGGAGGAAGAGAGGAAGAUAAAGCCCAAGGCAUCACAGCAAUGUCCCAUCUGUAACAAAGUCAUCAUGGGAGCCGGCAAGCUGCCCAGACACAUGAGGACCCACACGGGAGAGAAGCCGUAUAUGUGCAAUAUCUGUGAAGUCCGCUUUACCAGGCAGGACAAGCUCAAGAUCCACAUGCGGAAACACACUGGGGAGCGGCCAUACCUGUGCAUCCACUGCAACGCCAAGUUUGUGCACAACUAUGACCUGAAGAACCACAUGCGCAUCCAUACCGGCAUCCGGCCCUACCAGUGCGAGUUCUGCUACAAGAGCUUCACCCGUUCCGACCACCUCCACCGCCACAUUAAGCGCCAGAGCUGCCGCAUCACGCGGCCCCGGAGAGGACGCAAGCCCGCAGCAUGGAGGGCGGCCGGAUUGCUCUUUGCUCCCGGGGGCCCACCGGUGGAGAAGAGCUUCGUGAUGCCACCGACGCUGGAGGAGAUGAGCGGCCACCUCGGCAGCACGGCCAUGUGCCUUCCUGGCCCCAGCCCCAAGCACUUUCUGAGCGGGGCCAAGUCCCCCUUCAGCCUGCAGGAGCUGGAGAGCCAGUUUGAAGAAACCCAGAUGAAGCUCUUCAGGCGAGCCCAGCUGGACAUGGAGAGGAACGCGAGCAUCUUCGCCUUCGCUUUGGGCCAUAAUGAAAACCUUGCUGCCCAACCCUUCUUCCCCCUCCCUGAUCCAUGGAGCACAGGUUUCAACGGCUUGGCAGGGCUCGGCCAUGUGGCUCCCAUCUCAGAGGCAAGCAAAUAAACCCAUGUCUGGUCCCACCAUAGGUCUGCUUCCCUUCCCAACAGGAUGACCAGCUUUCUCAGCAUCCUUGUCUGCUGUUUCACGUCAUCUGGUCCCCAAGAAGCUCUCUGUCCCCUCCCCACCGUGGCUUGCCAUGGGGUUUGAGGCAUGGGGCCUUCCCCAGGGCAAGUGGGUGAAUAGGUGGGUCCUGUGCUCCACGGCCCCAGCACUUUAGACUCUACAAAGCACUUGGCUUUGGGGCUGUGGGGCACUUACUGCCCCAUUCAACCACCCACCGCUCACAGCUCCAUCUGGGAAGGACAGGCCAGGACUGCUGCUCUCUUCAGCCCUCCCAAAAAUGUCACUUGCCUUAGUCCAGGGCAUGGCCAUCACCAUGAGAUGGCUCUUCUUGGGGGAGAUGUCCCCCAUUUUCCACCUGUAGGACCCACUUGACACUGACAAGCCGUCCAGACUUGGUUUUCAUAUGUUACAUUCCUUGGCCCUUUUGGUCAAAAAGACUUUUUUUUCCUUUUUUUUCUUUUUCUUUUUUUUAAUUAUUUCCCAUGUCUGGCAACAAUAUUCAUUCUACAAGGGGUAAAGGGAAGGGUCGAGCAACCAUGUUGGGAGGGGAAGAAUCUUGGCCAUUGCCUUUCUCAGUGGUAUAUCAGAUUUGCAGGGCUGGCAGGAAAGCCCUGAGGUGGGACCCUAAAAACAUAAAAAAAAAAAAAAGCUAAAAAAAAAAAUAAAUAAAAAUUAAAAAAAAAAAAAAAAAGAUAGAAAAUCACCCAGAAGCAAAGCUGGGUGGAAAAGGGGAUUUUUACUUAUUUUGGUUCUUUGUCCAUUUCAAAACUUCGGAAGGAGAACCAAAGCCUAUUUUGAGUACUUUGACUGCAGUUGCUUGAAAAGGUGAAGGAAAACUUUCGGAAGGAUCAGAAAUUUUUUGAUUCUGAGCUUUUAUUAAAACCUUGCUUUGGGAAAAUAAACCAUGGGGGAAUUUUGAAAUGAAAACGUCAUUUCAAACCAAAGAGUCAGAAUUCACCGCCGCUGACCGUUCUGAAAGGUAUAGGGUUUUGUCCUUAAUUCCCCCUAAUUCCUAUACAGAUUUUGAUGAUGAAAUUCACAAAACACUGGAGUGUCCCUGAAUCUGCAAUGCCGAUGGGAAAAAAAUUGGAUGUGCAAAUAUCCCUGCUGUUUGUCUCAAGGGAUCUUUGUGGAAAAAAGUUCCACUAAAGGUGUCUUGCAGAUGAGAUUGAGAUUGUCUACUUGCAAGAAGGAGAAGUACUAUUUCUUCACCAUUUGUUGGUUCAAAACAUGAGGCGGUAACAUACAAUGGGGUGCUCCAAGCUGAAGCUCACCCAUGGUGGCCAACAGGUCAGGAGUCCUCUCCAGCAUCCCUGCAGACCCUUGCUUGGCCACCCCUACCUGAUAUUACUUCUGAGGAUGAAAAAGUGGCUGCAAUUGCCUCAUCAGCCUCCUUCAGCUCUUAAAACCAUGAGCUACUUUCGAGCAUAAAGGCUUUUGAUGGCCAUCUGCCUCCAAUUGCUCCUCUUAGAUGUGGUGGGACCCUAGUUUCACCACUGGCUGAGACAGCUUGAGGUGGGACCCCAGUUUCACCACUGGCUGAGGCAGCUUGAGGUGGGUGCCCCAGGAAGCUGGUUUUACAUGGAGCCAGCACCUGAUAAUGUAAAUGUUACAAGUUAGGGAUUUUUCUUUCUCUUUUUACUGUUACCUUUCACCAUCAGCAGAAUCAAAGGGGAUGAAAGGACCAUGGGUUCGUUAACUUCUUGGCCUGCCCAUCAAUGGUGUCGCUCUGAAGCGGUGGCUGGAUGAUGGUGUCCCCACCAGAGAAUGGGAGGGGGCACAGGGGAUCCACAGCCCACCAUGAGGGUAUGAAGGACUUCUGCUCUGAGACCAUCCUUAGCAGGAACGAUCCCAAGGAGCUGCCCAAUGCUUGCUUCCUCCUCCAAUCAGAAAUCAGCAAAGACUCAGUCUGCAACAAGUCAAUUGAGAGAGUUCAAAAAAAAAAAAAGAAGAAAACUUCUUAAAACUGCAUCAAACCUUUUUUUUUUAAUCCAUACCAACUUCUCACACGAGCGACGUUUUGCAAAUGGACGGUUACUUCAGGUGUUUUUUUGUCUACGAUUUGGAGUCAUUGUAAAGUAUCCAAAGAUGCUGAGUACUGUAUAAUCUAUGAGGACUUGAAGCAAGGUGUUUUUUUCUGUCUCGAUUUGUUUGUUGGGUUGGUUGGGUUGGUUUUUUUGUUUGUUUUCUCCUUCCUAUUUGUCUAGCGGGGAAAAGCCUUUGCAAUUUUUCUAUUUAUAACUAUUUUUAUGUGACUGCUUUAUGUACAAAACAGUAGGGGAAAAAAAAUCAAAACAAAAAAAGGAGAGAGGAACACACACACAAACAGAUUUGCCUUACUUACUCACGGGACAAUCACCCUUAACUUGGAUUGAUGCUAGAAAGUGGAUGGAAAAAAAAGAUACCAUAUCCUUUUAUGUAUUUAUUAAACUACAUUAAUUGAUGAUCUUAAAUUAUUAGCAGGACUUGGUUCUGUUGCCUGUAGUGCAAAGCCACUGCAGAUACAGAGCUGCCUUCCUGCUCGGGUCGGCAUGGCCAUCCCUAUGGCCUCAGGUCUUUGGAUGUUCCCUGGUCUCAUAAAUCUGGUGCUUUCCAAAGGAACUUUUUGGGAAGCCAAAAUAAGAACACAUUAAGUAACCAUCCAGCUGGUAACAGCUCCAACCCAAGGGGCUGUUGGCAUUGUGAUGAGUGAGUUAAGGUUGAUUUUCCCAUGUUGUGCUGGGUUGGGUAGGGAUGGAUGGAGCCAGGUUCUGGCAGCCAUCAUGUUUUGGGGUGGAGAGGGAGAACUAGAGAGAACCCUAAUUCUUCCCAUUUUUGAUGUUGUGUGGUGACUCCAGGCCACAGGUAUCCAUGUGGGAGCACAGCUAAGCAGGGAGGUGCCUUCCCAGGAUUCUGCUUCCCUUCCCCAUCCAGGAUGGGCAUGAUGAGCACCAAGCCUGGGGAUGGAAGCAUGUGGGGCUCUUCCCCAGCUCACGAUGCCGUGGUUUCUUGUUCUCACCAUGGCUCCUGGGGCCAGCUGCAGAAGGUACUGAUGAGCACUGGGCUGCAUUAGCAGCAGCGUGAGCAGCAGCUCAGGGAGGGGAUCCUGCCCCUCUGCUGCACUAUGGAGAGACCCCCCCCUGCAGUCCUGAUCCAGCUCUGGGGCAGCAGCACAAGAGGGACGUGGAGCUGUUGGAGCGAGGCCAGAGGAGGCCAUGGAGAUGCUGCGAGGGCUGGAGCAGCUCUGCUCUGGAGCCAGGCUGAGAGAGCUGGGCUGGGGCAGCCUGGAGAAGAGAAGGCUCCUGAAGGGGAGACCUGAGAGCAGCUCCAGUGCCUGAAGGGGCUGCAGGAAAGCUGGAGAGGGGCUUGGGACAAGGGAUGGAGGGACAGGCCAAGGGGAAUGGCUUUAACCUGCCAGAGGGGAGACUGAGAUGAGCUCUGAGGCAGAAGCUCUUCCCUGUGAGGGUGCUGAGGCGCUGGCACAGGGUGCCCAGAGAAGCUGUGGCUGCCCCAUCCCUGGCAGUGUUCAAGGCCAGGUUGGACACAGGGGCUUGGAGCAAGCUGCUCCAGUGGAAGGUGUCCCUGCCCGUGGCAGGGGUUUAGCACUGGAUGGCCUUUAAAGGUCAUUCCAACACAGACCGUUUCCUGAUUCCAUGAUUCUGUGAACACAGCUGACACAAAUGUGAGCCUUGUAAUUCACGUUGCUGCUCCUUGUUAAUUUUUGAAAGUGGUGCAAAACCUUGGAAAACAGGUUCCAGGUGGGAACACUGGGACUCAUCCCAUGUUGUUCAGCCUUCAAACUUCCAAACUUCACGUUUGGAAGUGAAGUAACAGACGCUGUGCACAUUGAGACACCUGCAUGUUGACACUUCAGUUCUGGGUGUCCUAACCUGCAAUGUGAUUUCCUCUGCAGCCAUCCUGGCUCUGAGGGAGGCAGGUACUGCGGGAGGGUGAUUCACCCCACCUACACUGGACCUCCCAAGGGUGGGAUGAAUCACCUUCCACGGCACUUGUCAUCUCCUACCUACCAGCGUGGUUUGGAAGAACUAGCUUGGACUAAACUUUCGUUUCCCAUAGAUGCAGUGAGAUAAGCUUAACCAUGGGGAGGGAUGUUCCCAUCACUGCAGCUCCCUCCUCUCUGCUCAGCUGAUGGGGCUGUACCUGGCAAAACCUUUCCGAGGAGGAUGGGAUGCUGGCACAGCCCAGUGAUCAUUCCCAGCUCAGUUGGCUUGAUUUCUUCCCAGUCUGUUUUCACUGGGAAUACAAUGGGAAAUAAGGGUCCAAGUCCAUCCUCCCAACCUUGGGGGCCAGGGAUUUAGGCUAAUGGGGUCAUACACCCCUCUUCAAUCCCAGCAAAGCAUCCCAAGCUUUCACAGCAACCACUUAUUUUCCUCCCCUCAUGCUCACAAGAAGCACUCUGCAGCAUUAGGUGCUCAGGAUGGGGUCUGGACCUGUGGGCACUGUCCAAAAAUGUGGCUUGAAAAGAUGGAAAUACCAAUCCCCCUCCCAGGGCAGACAGUCAGUGGCUGAGCAUCUCAUCUGCGCUCACAGCCUGCAGGACCACAGCGUAUAAACAGUGUGU